AUCUCUAAUCUUUUGAAACCCUAAAUCAAAGUUUGUGUUUUUAUCAACUGAGGAAGAAGAAAGGUGUAACCUUUAACCAUGGAAUCCGGUGACGCGACAGCUUUGCUUUUGACGAAAAUCCGAAGCUUGGAGCCAGAUUAUGCUCCGAAGAUUAUUGGGUAUUUGCUUUUACAGGAUUUUGGUGAUAGAGACUUGAUGCAUCUGGCUCGUGGACCUGAAUCGAUUUUGCAGUCGAUUAUUUCGAAAGUGAAGAGUCACUUGGGGAUUUUCUCCAACAACUCGCCGUCUUCUACUCCGACGUCUCCUUCUCCGUUGAACCCUAUCUCUCGACCACCUAUUAACGGUAGAGGAAGCUCUCACUCUAAUGGGUUUAUGGAUUUCCGUAGAAACUCUCCAUCUUCUCCUUCUUCUACCUCUCCUUGGUCACUCAACAACUCUAUGAACCCUAUUAAUGGGAAUAACCCCCACAUUUCCCCUAAACACACUCCGAUCUCGAAACCCUUUAGCUCUCACCAAAGCAAUGGAGUUUCUGCUACAGAUUCUGGUAGUGCUGACGCUGGUGGUAAUGCUGAUUUACUGGAUGAUCAGCAGCUUAAUGAUUACCUUUCGUUUCUCGACGAUUCCUGUUCUAAAACCGAGGAUCUUGUGGAUCCCAGGAUUCCUUUGGACUACUCUGUUGACGAUGGCGAAACCCAUCUGCACAGGAGGAGUUUCUCGGCAGAUGCGUCUUUUGGGUCCGGAGAUGAUGGAUUUGGUUCUGGAUGCAAACCAUGUGUGUAUUUUAGUCGAGGUUUGUGCAAGAAUGGAGAAAGUUGCAAGUUUAUCCAUGGUGGGUAUCCGGAUAAUAUGGAUGGUAAUGGCAUUGUCGCUGACUCGCCUAGGAAAAUGGAGAACUUUGUUAGGCAGCACGAGGAGAUGAUGAGGUUGAAAUUGGCUUAUCAGCAGCAGAGGUUGGCUUCUCAAAUCCUGGGUAGGGCUCCCCAGUUGCCGUACGAGAAAAGAAUGGACUUUCUCUUGCAGCAGCAUGCUCAAAGAGAUGGUGGACUGCCUUUUGGUGAUGAAAGAUUUUGGAGCAGCAGCCCAGGACGGCUUGAGAGGAUGGAACUAAUGGCAAUGCAUUUAGGUGAUCAGUCAAACUCCGCAUCUAGACAGAUUUACUUGACAUUCCCAGCUGACAGCACGUUUAAGGAUGAGGAUGUUGCUACAUAUUUCAGCCUUUUUGGAAUAGUGCAAGAUGUGCGGAUCCCAUACCAGCAGAAGCGUAUGUUUGGCUUUGUUUCAUUUGCUCAUCCUGAGACAGUGAAAGUUGUACUAGCUAGAGGGAAUCCCCAUUUCAUUUGCGACUCACGGGUGCUUGUCAAACCUUACAAAGAAAAAGGCAAAGUCUUGGACAAGAAGCAACAGCAACUGCUGCAACAGCAGAUUGAGCGGAGAAAUUACUCUCCGUGCUCCAGUCCAUCUGGGAUUGAUCCUAGAGAACAGUCUGAUUUCCACCUUGUAGGUUCGAAGAUGUUGUAUGAGAGACGUGAGAUGAUGCGAAGGAAAAUGGAGCAGGCUGAUCUCCUGAGGGCUAUUGAACUUGAAAGAAGACGUUUCAUUAAUUUGCAGCUUCCUGAGUUCAAGAAUAGUAUAACGCAGAAUCAUCACCGUAGCUUUUCUGUGGGGUCUCCUGGUUAUUUUUCGUCUGCCAGCAACCAAAGCCCUGAUUUUCAAUCUGAACUUACAGUUGCAGAUGCUUUAGAAGUAGUUGAUGAUACCUCGGAGCUGCAUCCUUACCCUGUAAUCAACCCAAUGAGUGUUAACAAUAAUUACUCAAACGGUGCAAUUGAAGAGACUGACAAGAUUGAAUUGCUUGAACCCGAUACUGGAAGCACUAUAGAGCUUGUUCUUCCCAGUAACCUGUUCCCUUCUGCAUCAUCUACCGAUGAUCACAAAACCGAUGAUUCUGCUGAAACUAAUGCAAAAGUUGGAGUCUCCUCUACUAAUGGAAAUGACAAUGAACCACCAGUCACUACCAAUAAUCUGAUGCAGUAGGCUAUUUCACCUCAUAAAUGCCAAGGGUUAGUCUACUAUCUAAUCUCGUACCCAUUGUUCUUUCGAGUUAUAUAUGGAUAACAAAAUUCCUUAUUUUGGACGCAGGUUUUUUUUCUGAUGGAUAAGAUGAGGCUACCGAAGUGUAUGUAAUAAAGGUAAGCUUUCUUA